CCACAUAAUGAUGAUGGACAGAAUGUCAAUUCUUCAGAGAUUCAUAUUCAAAUGUUGUUUGUUUAUAUUUUUUGCAGAAGAUACUGUUCCGCCAGAAGUAGUAGGAUGUCCUCAAGAUCAAACAAUCACUUUGCCUGUCACGGAGAUUACUGCUGAUAGUGAUCCUCCUACGCAUUCAUUCACCUGGGAACCACCAACUGCUACUGAUGAUGCAGGGAUUCAAUCUAUUAUUGCCAAUAAGAAUCGUCCGCUGACUCUUUCUGUCGGUGAUACCGUCACUGUCACCUACACUGUGACUGAUAACAGUGGGCUGGUCAACACAGACUGUUCUUUCACAUUCUCUCUUCAACAAGAAGCUGAUACUGUUCCGCCAGAAGUAGUAGGAUGUCCUCAAGAUCAAACAAUCACUUUGCCUGUCAUGGAGAUUACUGCUGAUAGUGAUCCUCCUACGCAUUCAUUCACCUGGGAACCACCAACUGCUACUGAUGAUGCAGGGAUUCAAUCUAUUAUUGCCAAUAAGAAUCGUCCGCUGACUCUUUCUGUCGGUCAUACCGUCACUGUCACCUACACUGUGACUGAUAAUAGUGGACUGGUCAACACAGACUGUUCUUUCACAUUCUCUCUUCAACAAGAAGCUGAUACGACCCCACCAGUGGUUAACGGUUGUCCUCCAGAUCAGACAAUCACUGCUGCUACUAGUUCGUCUACGCAAUCGUUCACCUGGAAUCCUCCAACUGCUACCGAUGAUGCAGGGAUUCAAUCUAUUGUUCCUAGUCUGGCUCCUCCGCUGACGCUUUCUGUUGGUAAUAGCUUCACCAUCACCUACACUGUGACUGAUAACAGUGGACUGACCAAUACAGGCUGUUCUUUCACGCUCUCACUUCAACAAGAAGACCACGAUAUUUAA